UGUCGCGAGGUGUCAGCUCGCGCCCCGCCGAGCGUCCGGUGCCCGGUGACUGGAGGGAGGGGCGGCGCUGCUCACGGGCCAGGCCUUGCGCGCGGCCCGAGCCCGAGGAGCAACCCGUGAAAGCCCCGCGUGUGGCUAAGCUGCUGUCAAGGUCCGUUCUCCCUGAAGCGUUGUGGGGCUUCUUUAAAGACUAGGCCAUGGCUGGGAAAGAAUGCUUGAAAAAGUCCUUCAAGGACAGCCUGGAGGACAUAAAGGAGAGAAUGAAAGAGAAAAGAAAUCAGAAGUGGAUGAAGCUGGGGAAAGCGAACCCGAUCCUGUCCACAAAGCAAAAAGGAGCAAGUAAAGAUGUUGGAAUGUUUCGUUUCCAAGCGCGGCCAUUGGCUUGGUUGAUGUCCUGCCUAAACCUCCUUUGUUUUGCAGCCAGCAGUUCUGCGCAGCUCAAAAGCAUCCAAGAGAAUAAUCGAGCAUUGGCUCUGGCGUUGCAAGAGGAAAAAAACAAACUGAAAGAAGCGCAAGAAGUCAUUCUGCAAUUAAAGAAAGAAUAUCAGUAUCUGAAGCUUCAACUGUUUGACUUGGAAAGAAAGAUGAGGUUGCAGCAAGCAAAAGAACCUGCCGAGACUAAACUGUCAGCUUUGAGCAAGAUUAUUUCUGAAGUUGCUCAGAAACUCUUGGACACAGCUGACCUUCUUCGUCCAGCACAGGAUUUGUGUUUCACGGCUCUAAACAAGAGAAUGUGUUCUUCGGCACAUGAAGAUAACUCCAGUAUUUUAAGACAAGAAGAUUCUCUGAGACUUCCACAACGUGUUCUUGUUGCAGAUACUAGCACAGAAUGUGAAAUGCUUGGAAAUGGAACAGAGAAUGAUACUGAUACAAAUGAUGCAUAUUUUGUACCAUAUUUGUCGCAGGCCCUUACAAAAAUGGCUACAGACACAGGACAAACAUCUGAUUUUCAUCUGGAUAAACUGGAAAAGUCUAAGCUGGACAAUGUUCCUUCCACCAAAGACAAUAUGGAAGUUGGUAAUAUGUUACCAAAAAAUGUGUCCACCAGGCAUCGCUAUUCAAAGUUGAAAACUCAGAAUGACCGCUGCAUCCAUAACGUUGACCAUUCAGAAAUGCCUGACUUGACUAGAGAAUUUUAUAAGCAAGAUGAUACUGGACUUCAGGGAAGUCUAGAAGAAGGUAAUAUAGAAACUAUAGAACCAAAUCCUUCUCAACUAAAUAAAAACAAGAUAAACUUGCAGACAGUGGUGGAUCAGGCAAAUAAAUUAACUGACAUGAACUGCUCAGUUGUAGAACCGAAACGUAAACAAACUCAGCUUAAAAGCAGAAAAGACUGUCGAACAAGGAAAGAGAGAGGAAAAUUGGAAGGAACUAAAAAUCAAAAUUCCAGAACAAAAUCAAAAAAGAAGCAAAACCAGGGUGAACAAAAUUCUUCAAAAGAAAAGCUGGAUUCAUCUGCUAACUCAAGAGAUGCUUAUGAUUUUCUUUUGGAGGAGAGUGUCCAUAUCACACCUUUCCUUCAAAAUAAGGUAAAUAAUAGGAACAAUGAUGUGAAGGACAGAAAGGAUCUAUCUGAAGAUGAAAUAGACAGCAGUGAGUUAAAUGACUCAGAUGUGGAUUCAAAAGAUAGCCCUUUUGUGCCUUAUCAAAGUAAGUCAAAAUACAAGAAGAAUUUGGAAGACAGCAAUGAUACAAUACCAAUCCCAACAAGAGCACAAUCUAAGAGACUUCUAGUUUUGAAUCAACAGAAAUAUUCCUCUGAAGAAGAGACUGAGAGUACUAGAAAAAAAAAAUCUAUUGAGAAAACCAGGAUCCCUGCUGACUGGGACCCACCAGGUCAUGCCCAGCCCCAGAGACCCCUUUCUCCCCGCAGCCAAAGGAGCAACAUCAAAGUUGUGGCAGGCAAGACACCUGGAGGUGAGGUGACACCAGCUGUGGUACCUGCUCAGUCAUCUGAGGGUGCUCGCCUUUCUCUCUCUGAUGUUACCAACAUCUCUUCAUUUCAUGACAAAAAAAAUAGCAUGUCUCAGCCAGUCCUUAAUAUUGAAGAAAGAACAGGAGCUCCCAACUGCAAACGCAGAUGUACUGUCAGUGUGAACUAUAAGGAACCAAGUAUUUCUGGGAAACUCAGAAGAGGAGAUCCAUUUACAGACGCUUGUUUUCUGAAUUCACCUAUUUUCAAGCAGAAAAAAUCUGACGGAAAAAGUUCUACUAAAAAAAAAUCUCUGUCCAAAUACAACGAGGUGUUUGUUGGUUGUCACUGAGAAAUCCUUGGACACCUUGCUGUUCAAUUUUGAGAGCGAAAGUCUGAGGAAUAAAUUUGCUAUAUAAACUUGAUGCUUGUAAAAGCACCUUUUACUCUUAUAUGGUCUUGAAAUGUCUCCUUCAAACUCCGAGAGGGAAAUAUACAUGUGUGUUUCUACAGAAAAGUACAUUCCUCUAGCAUAUUCUUUAAUUUUAGGUUGUACAGGAAUUUCAGUAUGGGUCAAAAGGAUACAUUUUUAUCCCUAAGAUCAUGUUGGGGUUUUUUUAAUCUACGUAGUAACCAACCUUGUGUGUUUGGUUAGAUGAGCAGCCGCGUGUGAAUUAGGACUUUUGAAUACUAGAUUUGUCAGUCCCUGCUUGCCAUAACACCUUAAUUGAUAUAGAUAAAUGAUGAUAAAAAUGAUUUGAUCAAACAUUUAUUAAGUGUUGACUGUAGAUAUUUCUUUUCUAUUACUUAAACUGCUGUAAUUUUAAUGUUGAAGCUUAUAAUAAACAUCUUGGAUGUUGCAAAGUGUCUCACAGAAAUUUUACUUUUAUUGAAAUUAGCCAGUUUUUGAAAAAUGGCAAAAAUUUCAGAACUGUAAAGAAUGUGUAUUUUACGUGGAAGCUUUUUUUUCUCUGAUUCCAAAUGGUGCACUGUAAAUAGCAUUUACAAAAGAUAAUGCCAGGAGAUGAUGCAAAUCUUUACAUUCCAAGCCAAAAUGCUGAUUUACUUGUAUACCAAGCCCCCCAAAAUUAGCUUUCCAAAAUUGGGGUGCCUGUUUUAGCAGAAGCUUACUUUCUGUCCAAACAGAAACACCCCACUUUGUUUCCUACCCUAUACAAUGUUUAAAAGCAACUGCUGGGCACUUAGUAUUCAGGCAGCUGUCUGAAUGACUUAAUGGCUUAUUGCUAUACACAUCAGGUGUUAAUGAGUUCUCUCCUUUUUAGUGGUCUUGAUAUUCCACUAAUCAAGCUAACCUUUUUCCAGUGACUUUUUCUUUUUGCUGCUUGCUACCUGUUUCCAGUCUCUCAUUUUGCAGUGCUACAGACCUAUUUUUAGCUGUUUUCAAAUUUGUAGAACCCCCCUUUGGGGUGACACAAGUGGACAUAACUGAAUGUAUCAAAUGAUAAUCUGUCUAGCAGUUGUCUUCAUAACCCGUAGCUAUGGUGGUAUGGACGUUGCAACUGUCCCAGGCUCAUGUACUCAAUCAGGUGCCAGUGUUUUAAACUUUGAUUUUGUUGCUUUGGUGGAAUAAGGAGUUUGAUGAGAUCUUGUUCUGAACAUUUACUCAGAAGAAUUCCAUUUGAAUUGAUUAUGCCUACCCAUUCCUUUCCAAACAUUUCUUUUUGUAGUUCAGAGUCCAUCAGUCUGCCACCUUCCCCCCCCAACUCUUUAGUGCUGAAAUCACAAAAGACUUAUCUUCUUUGGGAACAGAUGGGAUGACAGGACUUGGUCAAGUUUAGACCAGAACCCUUUUAUCACCUGCAUCAAGGGUUAGGUCACAUGCACUGAUGACUAUUUCAUGUGGUCUCUUAUUCUGUUGAACACACAGGGUCAGAUGCUUAUUGAGGCCAACUGGAUGUUCUGGCAUUUGAGUAACUAUCCUGGUCUUGGUAGCAAAACCAACACUCUGGACAUGGGUUUUUUUGGCUUUUUUUUUUUUUUUUCCCCCAGAAAAAGAGGCAUAGCCACCACCAUGGUCCAUGAACUGACCCCUGUCCUGCACAUCUGAUCUUAUUAAGCACGGUAAUAUCAAAUCAUGCAAGUUAUCAGAUCACAGAGUGAUCCAUCCCACUAGACAAAAGUUUUUCUAGUCAGGUAAAAUGAACAUGCUCAGGGCAUCUUUUUUCUAGCCUCUUCCCCAUAGCGGGUGAACAGAGCCUAUCCUAAAUAGGCCUGCUCAGUCAUGAUUAUAGCUGCUGAAUUGCACACUUUUCCCAAUUCCAAGUACAAGAUGACCAUCAUACAACCUAUGUAGGUCCACUUCUGGUAAUCAUCUAGCAUCUGCCUCUUGCCACUCACCUAUGGCCAUAGGACUAGCUCUUGAAGGAAGACACACCUGUGACUCAUCUUUUAACAUGGGGAUGCCACUGUAGAUCAGCAAUCGCAUAAUAUUUUGCAGAAAGGAAAUCUUAAUCUGAUGGCAAGGAAAGCCUAGAUGACCAAAGGUUUCUGUUCUGCUGCAGUCUUCACCCACCUUUGUAGCCAUCCUGAAGUAUUCUUUUCUCAACCUCUAGAUCAGUAGUCUAAAUUAGGCUGGAUCUGUAUUAGUCAGGAACCUUGCUCUUGACCUUGCCACCAUGGGUAUCAGAAGUACAAAACUCCAAACAACAUUGUUGUUGAGGUAAUUGGUAGCAUACAAGUCUUCCCACCAGGUCAAGGUUGCAAUCCUUGCAAGGUAUGUGUGAAAGCCAGGAUGUAAUAUACUACAGCUUAUGCUAGACUAGAAUGAGGGACUUGCAUACAAAAUUAAAAACCUUUCUUCUACGAAGCCUUGCCUGGGCAGAUAUAGCUAACAGUACAUAUAUAAAAACUCUAAGCACAGAUUUAAAAAAAACACAGUAUGUUAACUUUUCAUGCAGAUUUCCCAGGUCAGGGUGUCAAAUUCACCUUGUGCCCUGGGACCAGAGCUGGAUCUCGGUUACAUACAGACAGGGCAUGAGGAAGCAGCAGCAGCAGCUCCAGUUAUGAGUUGGAGCAUGUGGCAAUGGCAUCAGCAACACCAGCUCCAUCCUGGGACAUGCAGUAGAGGCUCCAGCCCUGGCCACAUGCCCUAUGAUAGAGCUGGAUCUGUUGCUUCCAUAUAUUCUGUGUUGCUUCAGUUCAGGCUCCACCACAGGUGGUAUGGCUGCUGCAGGGCAACAGGCAAAGUAGCUGGAGGGUGACUGGAGCUGUAUCAGCCCUCGCACUCCUGCCAAUGAGCACCAUGUACCCUGGGUCCCUAGACAGUGCAACAGGUCGUGUCCCUGGCCACAGCCUGCUGGUAGUCCAGUGGGGCAGAUUCAGCCUGUGGGCCUUGUUUUGGUACCCUUGUCCUUGGUAAAUGUCAAAGCCCUUCUUGGAAGAAACUUAAGCAGAUAUUACUUUUGUGGUAUUUUCUGAAUGUUGGAUUACAUUUUGUAAAUAUCCACUGCUGUAGAAGCCCAGUUCUAAACAGAUCUAGUAUUAGGCUUUUCCAUAGUAUGGUGGGAAUAAAGUAAAACUCCUGAAGGCAAGGAAAGUGGAAUUUACUUACAAUAAAUAUACCUUAAUUACAACCAGAUUUGAAGGGGAUGUACUAUAAUUGUAUUAGUAACUAAGCAUCCAGGUUUUGGUUGUCCUGCCUAUCAAAACCAAUUAACAUCAGUGUAUAAGGGGCAUCUCAGAGGAUUGAGUAGCUUUCUGUUAAGUAAGAGGGGCAAAAGUCUUUACAUUCUUGUUUUCCCACAUUUACCAUAGUAAACCCAGAAAUUUGUCCAAAGCCUUUUCUUCCUGCACUCUGGCUAAUAUGCCAACAAGAGACUGAGAGCAACUAGCAAGGCAUACUCCCAGACCAAAUGUCAAGUGGGGCAAGACAAGUUAGUUCUUACUCCAAGUAUGAUAAGAUGUUUUUCUCGAAUUUCAUUGUUCCUUUCAAGAGAAUUAACAUCCAAAAUUGUACCAAACUGAAUAGAAGUGCAUAGUUAACAGCAUACAGUACAAACAGCAGUGGGUUAUCAGAGGCAAGAAAUGGGAACCAUAGAAACGCACACAUCUGAAGGAGAAAUAUAAUCCAAACUUGCUCAGCUCUACUGAACAACUAAAUCUAAAAGAUUUAUUCAAAGACACUACACUAGUGUUUCACCUUAACUAGCGUGAAGCAAUAACUGUAUUUUCUUUUCAGGUUACUGAAGCAACAUGUAGAAGCACCCAUUUCUGCAGACCAUUAAAACUCCCAAAUAAUUCUUUGAGUGCUGAGUAUCAGCCUACAGACCAAACUUUAAAGCAGGCACUUAAAAUGCAACUGGUAGAUAAAUGAGUCUCUGUUCAAAAUAUGAAAUUAUAAGCUGUUUCAGAUCAUAUUUUUAAAUGCAA